AUGACAGCCGAAGAAUACGAAUGGGCCCUGCUUGUGACUGUUAAACAGGUGCAACGUAAGGAAUAUAGAGGCGAAAUUAAUGCUCUUGUAUCCAAUUCCAGGCUCGAUAGUCGAAGUCAUCUCUUACCACUCAACCCAUACGUGGAUGCUGAGGGUAUACUUCGAGUUGGUGGACGCCUCAAAAAUGCAGAUAUUACCGACGAGCAAAAACACCCAAUGAUUAUCCCUAAGGGUGCCUUUACUAUCUUACUCAUCGCUAAUGCUCACCAUCGAUGUCUUCAUGGCGGUAUCCAGCAAAUGCUGCAAUACUUGCGGCGAAGGUUGUGGGUGAUGCAUGCGCGCUCACAGGUGAAGACAUAUGUUUGGAGUUGCACUUUGUGUCGGCGACAUCAACGAAUCCUUCAGCAACAGCAAAUGGCAGCGUUGCCGCGAGAGCGAGUACUUGUGGCGCCACCAUUUGCAAAUAGCGGCCUGGAUUAUUGUGGUCCGUUUCAUAUACGCAUAGGUGGAAAGAGAUCAACGGCAACCACAAAAACUUACGCAGCUAUAUUUCUGUGCAUGGCUUCACGAGCAGUCCAUAUAGAGCUUGCUGAAGAUUUGAGUGCCAGGUCCUUCAUAGACGUCUACGAUCGCUUCGUAAGUCGUCGCGGUAUUUGUGCCAAGCUCUUUAGCGACAACGGCACUCAGUUCGUGGGGAGCGAAAGGCAAAUGCGUAAGGAUUUCCAGGCAA